UCUCUCACCGCCCAUUCUUCUGUCUUUCUCUCUCUCUCUGUGUACAGGAGGGACCACCACUCUCUUGAGAGUUCUCCUUUUGGCCGUCCCCUAUUAAUACUAAAUUAGAUCACUUCAGGUUCGCACACGCCCAAGCUUCAGUCUCACUUUCACUCCCCACCCGCAACCACCAACACGUUCUCUGUCCGUAUAUUCAUCAAGCUCAAUCAUACCCGGUGUUGAAAAACUUGCUCUCCCUCUCUGCCGCUCGGUCCCGGAACUGCGCUUUCGGGAAGGAAGAAAAUGUCUCGCCUGGACCAUUCCUCUGAUGAUUCGUAUGCGGACUCUAGAGAGGAUGUCAGUCAAGAUUCUAAGCUGGAAUUCUCGGAAGAUGAGGAGACGCUCAUAACUAGAAUGUUCAAGCUAGUUGGCGAGAGGUGGUCGCUAAUUGCCGGGAGAAUUCCAGGGAGAACGGCGGAGGAAAUCGAGAAGUUCUGGACUUCAAGAUACUCGACCAGCGAAGACUGAGGAAGACCAUCUCUGUUCUGUGGUGCUUUGGCAGCUGAUGAAAGAACAAUUUUGGCUUUUAUUUGAGCGUAGUCUGGAUGUGCUUUUGCUAGUUGCUUUACUAGGAGAAGAUGGAAAUCGUCUUCAGGGUAUUGUGGUGCUACUUUUUUUUUUUUUUUUUUUUUUUUUUUGGGGGGAGGAACAAAAGCGGUCGCUCUAAUGCAGAAUCAUGUAGAUUUGGGUUGGGUUAAUAUUAGUGUGGAAUGAUGAUUCGCUUUUGGGUAAUUUUCAGACACCAUGAUCUCACUGCUUGUCUGUUUAGGUGAAUUUGGAUUAUAUGCAAGCGAAGGUCUAUUUGAAUCUUCAGUA